AUGAGCCACGACAAGCAUUUUAUCGAAGAAUCAAUCGCAAUGACGACAGACAUUUGUGAGAAAAUGGCUCGUAUACAAGAGGUAAUUCGUCAAUUGAAUAUUCAUCAAUCUGAUAAUAGCUCUGAUGUGACAAAUCAAUUUGGGUAUAUAAAAUUCGGAAGAUCUGACAUUGAUUCGACGACACGUUUGUCUCAAUACAUUCGAUUAGCUCUUCAAACCGAUGCGACAACCGUAGUUCAAUUCAUGAACGAUGCUUGGCAAUUACCGACACCAAAUUUAAUUAUAUCAGUGACAGGUGGAGGAAAACGAUGUCACAUGCCUGCUCAUCUUCGCAAAACAUUUCAACGUGGUUUAGUCGCCGCAGCUGCUACAACAAAUGCAUGGAUAAUCACAGCUGGUACCAAUGCAGGUGUUGUUAAAGGAGUCGGAGAAGCUCUCAAUAAUUAUCGAUAUAAAAAUCGAAGAAACGGUCUCGAUGUACCAUGUAUCGGCAUCGGCACUUGGAAAUAUACAGCUGGAAACGAUCAACUAGUACGACCAGUGGUCGAUUCAUCUGUAAAUACAAAUACAAGUCUACUGGAUAAACCAGCGAAAGUUCGUCAGCAUAAUCGUUUGCAAAUUGGAUCAACAGUAUUGGAUGCAGCAGACGAAAACUAUAUUCGUACAUAUGCAGUUAAACAACCGGAAGACAAACGAUGCGAUCUGGAACCUAAUCAUACUCAUUUUCUACUAUUUGAAGGCAAAUCAUCCGUCAAUGAUACUGCACUUUUACAACGUGCCCGAAUCGAAAAAUAUUCUCGUGAAAUCAAUACGACUGAUGUUGCAGGAAAGACCUUGGUUCCUAUUGUUAUGAUUCUAGUUGAAGGUGGUCCGUAUUCAGUUCGUACAAUUUGUCAAGCAUUGAAAUCAAAUACACCCCUAGUUGUCGUCAAAGGAACAGGUCGGGCUGCAGAUCUUGUCGCAAAUUUACAUUUGUUUUUUUCCGAGCAAGAAACUUGCAACAAGCAAAAAUCUGAAUUGAAUGCAAUAUUAGAUGCAGCACGAUCCGAGAACAACUCGUGGGUCGAUGAGAUCAAAGAGGAUCUUUGUCAAGUAUUAUGCCAACAAAAGCAACUCGUUGUGAUAUUCGAAUUCGAAAAUCCACGACAUCAUGGACAACUGGAAGAUGCGAUUCUCGAAGCAGUUUUCAAUGGUGCGAAAUUUUCAGGAGAUAAUUUGGAUGAACAAAUGAAAUUAGCGAUGGCAUGGCAAAAGUUUGACUAUGCGAAAAAGCAUAUUCUUACUGAUGCAACGAUAUCCCGAUGGACAGAAAAUGAUCUUUACGAAGUACUCAUCGAAGCUCUACAUCGAAACUAUGUUGAUUUUGUUACAUUACUAAUGAAUUAUGGUACAUCACUACGAAAUUUAACUGUACAUCAUCUAGAACAAUUAUAUGCAUCGGCUGAAGUUGAUUCCGGGUUGCCGGUUGACGACAAAAUUAAAGGAGACAUUCCCACAAGAGAAGAAUACUAUGCAUGUUACUUUCCUCAUGCAACUGAACUUCAUCGAAUCUCACCGAAUAAGAAUCAAUCAUUGGGACAAAAUGCUACACGAGAAUUUUUUCUCUGGGCCAUUUUCGUCGAUCGAUUCGAACUCGCAAAGUAUCUCUGUUCGAAAACUUGGAAUCCAAUAACAAGUCCGUUGCUCGCUGCAACAAUUUAUCGAUAUGCAUUGACGAUGCCACUUCAUACGGCAAAGAAACAACGCUAUAGAAAUAACGUCAAUGAAUUCGAUAAAUAUGCAACCGCGAUUAUUGAUCAAUGUUUUCACACUGAUGAAGAUUUCGCUGUUGAUCUGUUGAAUCAACCAGCUGCGGCUUUCGAUAAUAUUAAACCUCUUCAACUAGCUGAAGAAGCUAGUUGUCAAACAUUUCUUGCAUCGGAAUGCGUUCAAAAAUACCUCGAUGAGACAUGGUAUGGACAUAUCAAUUACAAACGCAGAGCCAUCAACAUGAGGAUUUUACUUUGCACAUUCUUUCUUCCAUUGCUUCCGUUAUUUUCGGUGUUUUUACCAUAUGUAAGAAAACGUCAACAAAUUCGGAAUGAACUCAAACCUCAGAUAUUCGAAAUGAUGCCAGCAUUACCUAAAUUUGAUCAAAUUAAUACACGAAAUCCGAUUGGAUGGUCGAAAAGAAUCGUCUAUUUCUAUCAAGCACCGAUUGUUCGUUUUUUCUACAAUGUCAUAUUCUUUGCUCUUUUUCUCGGACUAUUCAGCUAUGUUCUUCUCAUCGAUUAUUUACCAUUGAAUAUGCAUUCGAAUAAGUAUCUUUAUAUGAAAAUUUUACCGAUACCAAUAACGGAAAUCGUUCUACAUAUUUGCGCUUGGAGUUUAAUCGGAGAAGAAAUUUAUCAAUUCAGUCAAUCGAAUUUCUAUGAAUAUAUCUCGAAUAUAUGGAAUUUGAUCGAUAUGUCGGCGAUUGUUUUGUACUUGAUCGCAUUUGUAACACGAUUCAUCUUGAAUGAAACAUUCUUUAUGAUAUCAAAGAUAUUUUUGUGUUUGGAUUUAAUUCUUUGGUUUGUUCGAACUCUUUAUCUAUUUUCGGCAUUUGAACGUCUUGGACCGAAAUUAUUAAUGAUUUUCAACACGAUGCGUGAUCUUUCGUUCUUUCUCUGUUUCAUUCUUAUCUUUCUGUGCGGUUUCUCUAUUACAUCAUGGUCUUUGUUGUCUUCUGCGGGUCAGAUCAACUGGAUCUACAAUGACGAUGGUAAACUACUGAAUAUUACAAUUUCUGUCGACAAACAGAAUACAUGGACAUGGCAAUUACUUCGAGAUAUUGCACAGUAUGGUGUUUGGAAAGUCUUUGGCCAAGUCGAUCCAAUCGGUGGAACUGAUUCGUAUUCAAAUAUUGCUUUUAUUCUGGCGAUUAUAUUUGUUGCUAUUGCCAAUAUAUUGCUUUUAAAUGUUCUCAUUGCUCUUUUCAAUGUGACGAUUCAGAACGUACAAGAGAAAUCUCAUGACUUAUGGCGUUAUCAACGUUUCUUGAUCGUUAGUGAAUUUAGCAAAAAACCUAUCCUACCCGCUCCGCUUAAUCUCCUCUACUAUGCUUUCUGUAUGAUUCGAUUUGUUAUCAUGCGGAUCAAUCAGAGUCGAAGUUAUCAACGAUCAAUUACAACCGAACUAUUGUUGGAUGAUGUGAAAACGAUCGACGAUGAAACUCAAGGACAAUUCCGAAUUAGCGAUGAAAUGCGACGAGAAACUGCGAUAGCUGAAGAUUACUGGCAUGAUGUUUUCAAACUAAACAAAAAAGACGACAUCGAAACAACUUUACAUAAUCUCGAACAAAAAAUUGAUUUGCUUCAAGAAAAGAAAAAAACAACAACAACGAAUCACCAUCCAUCAAAGAAACGAUUGCAUUAUGGUAGCGACGUUUAA